CAGAACAGAGGGGAGGGCUGAGGGAUUAUUCCGUUGUUUUCAGCUUCAAUAAGGCGCAGUAAACAGUAAUAACUCUUUUAUGUACUUAUAACCUUAAUUCACAAGAAGAUAUAUUUGUUUAGGUAAUCAUUUUAAUGGCAGCGAGUGUAGGACUGGCCAUGAAUCCGCCGCACACGACAGAAGAAAGGGCGGUUUUCACGCAGCUGAAGCCGGUGAGGAUGUCGGGAGCGGACGGCGCAGAGGACACGUCCGUGUUUGAGGACGUCAAACCCGCGACUCAGCUAGAGUUGGACAAAUACCUGCCGCAGGUCAGUGGUCCUCUCUUGAGCCUCUCAGCCGACGCCGGUGACAAGAAAUACAGACGAGAGAGCGCCUCCGUGGUCGACGAGUACUUCGCAGAGGACAAACCUGCUACGCCUUACAGCCUCAACAUCAACGUCAUCCUUCCCAGCACCACUCACCUCCGCACAGGCCUGUACCGAUCUAACACCAAGACCCUGACGCCGCAGCAGAUCAAGACGGAGCCCGGGCUGGAGGUGCCCUGCUCCAUUCCCACAACCACCACCCAGGCCCUGCCAGACUUCACCUCUGUCUUCAGCGUGCCGCCUGUAGUCAACAACGUUUUCAUCAAACCAGACAUGAGCUCUGGAGGAGUGGUGAGCGUGCCCGCAGGGUCCCAGCAGCAGCAGGGGCCAAGUUUGGACACAGAGCUUCACAUCGGACCCCCGGCCCCCCAGCAGCAGGUCUACCACAUGCCCAUCACCAGCUGCGCCGACCUCACCAUGACUCUGUCCCACAACAGCCCGGCAGCACACGGCUCCACCGGCGGCAGGACCAUGCUGAACCUCGGCAGCGUCGCGUUGCCGGCAACCAACGGCAACUACAUGAUGGCAGAGCACCAGCUGCAGCAGCACCACGGUUACUACCACGCCUCUCCGACCAACUCCUCCCAGCACACAGCGCCCCACAGUCUGCCGCCCUCACCCCCAAACUCUCAGCCGGGGAGCCCAAACGGUCAGGCAGAGCUGCUCAGCCUAGCGCCCCAGCCUCCGCCUCCGUACCAGCAGCGUCUGGCAGGGAUAAAGGUGGCGGGGAUGUCCCCACAUGCCUUACUGAUGACACAUGGCCAGGGUGUCCUCACAGGUCCCAAAUACAACAGGCGGAACAACCCAGAACUGGAGAAGAGGAGGAUCCACUUCUGUGACUACCCAGGCUGCACCAAAGUUUACACGAAGAGCUCUCAUCUGAAGGCACACCAAAGGACGCACACAGGUGAGAAGCCGUACCGCUGCACAUGGGAGAGCUGCGACUGGCGCUUCGCCCGGUCGGACGAGCUCACCAGACACUACCGGAAACACACCGGAGCCAAACCCUUCAAGUGCGUCGCCUGCAGCCGCUGCUUCUCGCGCUCCGACCACCUGGCCCUGCACAUGAAGCGUCACCAGAACUAACGCACACGUAUCUGUAUAUACUGUACAAACACACACGCAGUCGCACACAAACAGAGCGGUACGCAUACCCGAACCAUUAAAGGACUCACGAGCAGACUCAGAACCACCAUCGUCCCUGUGCACCCCUGUUGAUUCUGAUGCUAAUUCAUGCUAAUGUGUUGAGUGAUAGCAGGCAUGCACCAUACAGACUCACAGGCACAGGUAGUGGUGUAAGCAGAAGGGAAUCCAGUGAGGGAUGGUCAGGGUUCCUGUUCAGCCCCCAUUACACUGUCUGAAACACGCCUCUGGCAGGUGCAGAGAGGCUGGUGUGUCAGGGGAGUCACCUGGUGGGUCACACCUUCCACAGGCCAGCAUGGGAUGCAGACAGCAGUGGGAAUUACGAGAAAAUGAAUGCAAGAAAAAGAUAUCUGUUGCAGAUAUUCAGGCUUUGUGUUAAUUAGCUGCUCUGUCAGUUUCACUCUUAAUGGAAACAGGGAAAGUAGUCCCUGUCAUGAGGCCUGUCAUGGCCUCUGUAACAUGCAAAAUGUGUCUCCGGUUAGCCGUAGAGCCGCUGCAGGUCCUCACGUCUCCUUUCUGAGAUAAUACUGGCCGUCUGCUAUCAGUCAACGCAGUGUUUGCUGAGGUCAGAACACCAGAGCUAAUGAUCUACCAGGGACUCAGAGAUGGUUUUGGUGUCUGUUCUCGUCACUGUUGUAUGUUGAUUUCGGUCCGACUCAUGUACACACACAUUCACACACACAUGCAUCACUUACUGCCAGUGUUGCAGUCAUCAGAACUGUGGUGUCAGGCUCCUGCGAAACAAUUGGGACUCCUUCUGAUUGCAUCCUGGAAACACUCCCUUCUCCUGCCAACUUCAUCAUCACCAUCAUCACUUUUAUCAUUCUGAGGUACAGACUUUCAACGAGAGGUGGAAGCGUAUCUCCCUCCAUCCUGCCUUUGUAAAUACUUGUAUAUUUAUGUGUGCGUAUGUGUGUCUGAGAAUACGACGAAUGUAUUGAGAUUUAUACUUGACUUUUUUUUUUUUCUUACAUCAGAUGUUUAAAUGAGUAAUACUCCAUGUGGACACUUCCUUGAGAUAUAAAAAAGCAAGCAAACAAUCAACAGACACAAUCAAAGAACUCCAUGGAAAAGUUAAUGAUCGCCCAGGUAUGUUUCAGCACAGGUACUACCUGUCGAGCUCAGCGAGCGGAGCGAUUUGCCAAUGUUUGUAUCCAUGACAUUGCCCGUUGCCGCGGUGACCAAGCUCCGCUGACGACUGUUUGCGGUUUGCUUGCAGUUUCUACUCAGAGUUUUUUUCCCCCACGUUUUUUCCUCUUGCGUUUGUUCGACACUUAAAGAAUGACAGAGCUGGGCGGAUAGACCUGUUAUAUAAUCAUUCCUGAUUGUUUUAAUGUACACUGCGGCUGAUCGCAGAGUCAGCCAUGUUAAGUGGAUGAACGGCAGGUUUACGCUCGCUUGACUGCUUGGAAGUCAUUUUACUGCCUGAUUACCUUCUUUUAGAGAGAAAAACAUUAAAAGUUCAAAUUAAAUCAAAACAUCAGCCCAGACAGACUGGAUCUAAACCCUCCAAGUUAAUUCAGAUUCAGCCUUUUGAAUCAGCUAAACCGCCUAGAAGAAAAAAACAAACAGCAAAGCAAUGCAAACAUGACACUUUACAAGUUUGUCAGAAUAACAACUGAAAUUUAAAUGUCUUCCAGUGGAGCUAUUGAUCAAUAACCAUGUAGUCUACAGAAAUCCUGAACCUCAGAGGCUCAGAUCCACACGAAUCACGGUUUAAUACUCGACUGUGAACCAAUCAGCUGAGACAGUCCAGCGUUAACCACCAGCUCAGUAGAAUCAGUGCAGGUAAAGCCGCAGCACUUUGUGCUGUGAGUAAAAAUAUUGAAAUAGCACAUGUUGUGUUGCCCCAGUGACACAAAACGAUUAAUAAAAAUACAAGAAAACUGUGCGUUAGUCGUGUUGCAGGUCAUUUUUACAUUUUUGAGUAAUUCUUAAAAAGCAAAAAAACUAGCCUGCAGCUCACUAAUUCGCUCGUUAAAGUUAACUCCACAAGGGGGAGCUCUUUAUUCAUUGUCAGACCAGCUCCACCUGCGCCACCCACAGGAAGGGAAUGUAACCGCGGCGGCACUUUGCUGCUCUGCAGCCAGGUUGUUUUUCCGUGUCUGUCUUUGCCCUUUUAAAACCACAAACUUUCCGAGCUUUCGAGUUGACAUUCAUUUAUCUGUACCGGGCUGGAGACGACAGGACCUUCAGACAGACACAGGGACAUUUUUCUGGUUGAGUUUAUUGUCAUUGCAACCUGACCCUGUCUGUAUUGUGCUCGGGCGGUAGGCUGAGCCGAUGCCGGUGCUCCAUGGAAGCUAAAACAAGCGUGAAGCAUUGAUUGACCCAGGUCUGUCCCACGUGUGUUCAUUCAGAGGAGACACAUCCUGUUAUUUCAACGCUACCAUUUUUAUUUUUUAAAAGUUUCUUCCCAAGGAAACAAGUUCUCCUGUCUCUCUCACGGAGGGAGCGCCGACCACCCACUGUGUACAUAACCGUAGUUUUAACACUUUAACAGACUGUAAAUAUUUGCCUGGUUUUAUUUCCUGUUAUAUUAUUAUUUUUGCCUUCUUUUUUUUUUAAACUAAUGGGAUUUUAGAUCAGUUGUAUAUGAAUGCUUGUUUAAUUUUGUUUUGAUACUUCGUGUGUAAGACAGUUUAUGCGUUUAUGUACAAAUUGAGAAGAACAACAAUAUUUUUUGUUUGUGCAAGAUUCUGCAUUGAAAUAAAAAAAGAAUUCA